CAGUUUCUUCAUCAACGCUAGCGAGAGUGGUCGUGCAUCGAGGGGAGUAAAAAAAUGAGACUAAUUGAAAAGGUGUUCCAUCCAACGGGGAAGACUCACGUUGGAACGCUAAUAUUCUUCCACGGAUCAGGAGAUACCGGAAAUGGUCUGACCGAGUGGAUUCGGUUCCUGCUGGGUCGGGAUAUGGAGUUUCCCCACAUUAGGGUGGUCAUUCCAACGGCACCGGUGCAACCCUAUGCCCCGAUGGGUGGUGAAAAUUCCAACGUUUGGUUCAAUCGGAAGCGGAUCGAGAUGGACUGUCCGGAAAUACGGACCUCGUUGGCGUCGAUCUACGACACCGUGAACGAGAUGCUUGUGCGGGAGAUGGCUCAGGGUGUGCCUGCCGAUAAGAUUAUUGUUGGAGGGUUUUCAAUGGGAGGAGCACUUGCUUUGCAUACGGCGUAUCAUUUGAAUAGGGAUUUGGCUGGAGCUUUUGCGAUAUCAUCUUUCCUCAAUACUGGAUCUAUUGUGUACGAUUCUUUGGACGGCGUAUCGCAAGAUGAGCGUUUGCCAAGUUUGAUGAUGUUCCAUGGAGAAAGGGACACCCUAGUACCGCCCGAGUGGGGCCAAACGACCUUCGACGAGCUGGCCAAACUGGGCGUCCGUGGGCAGUUCGUACCGCACCGGAGCGCAAUGCACGAAAUCAAAAAGGACCAACUGCUGCAGGUGAUCAAAUGGGCCAACGAGCUCAUUCCGGAACCGAAAGAACCUUCGCCAUCGCCAUCCCCAUCGCCUCCACCCGCCACGACCAAAAAGACUGCUCCCGCCAAAAGGGGAAAACUGUGAUCAUCGCUGACUGAACAUUGCUGACUGACUGGAGGUGGAAGAUGACUGAUUGCUUCUGAUUUGUUUGUCGUUUUGUUUGGUCGAUGAUGAUUCGAAGUUCUUUUGUUGUGGAUGACACGACCAAACGGGGGAAAAGAAAGAAAAGAUUUGAUUCAUUAUUAUCGUCUUAUCAGCAAGUUGCUCUUGUGUCGAGAGAGUUAAGCUAUUGCCAAGGGUCGUCACAAUAAAUCUUAUCACAGUCCAAACACACAAA